UGCUUUAGACAUGUGAGCGGACUUGUACUUGUCUCAAUCUCACUCCGUUAUUAUUUUUCCUCAGCCUUCCUUGCAUUUCCACUCUUUUAUCCCCCUAAUUAAUUCUAAACUCUGAUUUUAAUUACACUUGCAUCAGAUGUCACCAUGACUGCUGUUAUGUCUCCUGCUAUUCCUACAAGUGACUCGGUGAAAUCUUUGUGCCGAGGUGAUUCUGCUGGAGUUGCCAAAAUCAAACCUGAGUUUGUCGUCGAGAACCAUGUUCGGAGUUUAGCCAUUGACUGCGUGUCUGCAAGUGACAAAAGAAAGUUAGCAGAAAUAAACUCUGAUGAUGAAGAUAAUUCAAGCAGAAAGAAACACAAAAACGAGAAGAAAAAAAUGUUUAAAGGCCAGAAUAAGUCAAGAGGCCCAACAUUUAAGCAAAGCAAAGAAAACACCCUCUGUCCGAUUCUAGUUGACGUUAAGAAAGGUGAUCCUACACCAGUUUGUCAUUAUGACAAUUGUAAAUUUAUUCACGAUGUCCAGAGCUAUUUAAGCUGCAAACCACCAGACUUGGGGCCACAAUGCCAUGUAUUUGAUCUCAAAGGUCACUGCCCUCGUGGCGUCACUUGCAGGUAUGGAAAAAGUCACAUUUCAGAAGACGGCUUCAAUAUCAUCAAUGAAACGCUUCAGGCGGAAUGGAAUGCCAAGUCCAAAACUAGCACCACCCAAAAUUUUACCAAAGAGCUUCAACGGGCUCUUCAAAAGCGCACCUACAAUUUUGAAAAGAGCGAAAGAAUAAUAUCAGCUGUAAAAGAUGGCAAGAUAGACCUUCCAAGCAAGGCUAGUGAAUCAGAAAAGAACGUAGAAACCACAAAGAAUUGUGAAAUGAAAACAAAUAAUGGUGAAAAAUGUAUGAUCAGCACAGAGAGCAAUUUAGAGUCAAUGUCCCAAUCAGAACAGGAAGCUGAUGUCAGUGUGGGAAGUAAAGAGCAGUUAGGCCCUGUUAGUGACACAGAUUUGAUCAAACUGAGACCAGCUGAAAAAAAGAAGAUUGAUUGGACUGAUAAACUAUACUUAUCUCCUCUAACUACUGUUGGGAAUCUGCCUUUCCGUCGGAUUUGCAAAGAAUUUGGUGCUGAUAUCACUUGUGGCGAAAUGGCCCUAGCAACCAGUUUGCUCCAAGGGCGCAAGCAGGAAUGGGCUCUUGCUAAACGACAUGAAUCAGAAGACUUAUUUGGAGCUCAAAUUUGUGGGAGCAAUAUGAAUACAAUGACAAGGUGUGCCCAGGUUUUGCAAGAGAAUGCAAACAUAGACUUUGUAGACAUCAAUCUCGGCUGUCCUAUUGAUCUCAUUUUUCAGAAGGGUGCCGGAAGUGGGCUUCUCCGACAAGAGAAAAUUCUUAAGUCAGUGGUUGUUUCUAUGAAUCAAGUAUUGGAUAUUCCGUUGACAGUGAAAGUCAGAACUGGAAUCCACAAGGAUAAGAAAAUUGCUGAUCAGCUAGUUCCGAAGUUUCGUGACUGGGGAGUUUCGCUUAUUACACUCCAUGGUCGAACAAGGGAGCAGAGAUACACUAGGAGUGCUGAUUGGGGUUACAUUGAAAAAUGUGCCCAACUCUGCAAACCAGUACCACUUUUUGGGAAUGGAGACAUUUUAUCUUUUUCAGACUACAAUACUGCACGGGAAAUAUGCCCAAGUAUUGCUGGAACCAUGAUAGGACGUGGUGCAUUAAUAAAGCCUUGGAUAUUCACCGAAAUCAAAGAACAGAGAGACUGGGAUAUAUCCAGUUCUGAAAGAUUUGAUAUCAUCAAGAAAUAUUCAAACUAUGGCCUGGAGCACUGGGGUUCUGAUACACAGGGAGUAGAAAAUACAAGGAAAUUUCUUCUUGAGUGGCUAUCAUUUUUUCACCGGUACAUUCCCUAUGGGUUGUUAGAAAAUCCACCUCAUCAGAUCAACCAAAGACCACCCAUGUUCAAAGGCCGAGAUGACUUGGAAACACUCCUAGCAAGUCCUAAUUGUGCUGAUUGGAUCCGAAUCACGGAAAUGCUACUCGGGAAAGUCCCAGACGGCUUCAAUUUCCUGCCAAAACAUAAAGCCAACUCAUGGAAGUAAACUGUAAGGCGUGAAUUAGAACUUAAGAUUGAAAUUUGUCCCAAAAAAUUCCCUUUAUUCCCUUAGCAGAAUACCAGAAAAGGUUAGUACAUUGCCAUCAUCUACUUUCCUUUACUGCAGCUCAGUAAAAUACCCUCCAUGUAAUCUUUGCCCAUCA